CUCGAGAGCCGAGUGGUCGGGCAUGAUCACGCAGGAGACAGCAAGAACACGUUGACGGGUAAAAAGAUUGAAAGGUGGGAGGCCUGGUACUGAGUGGGUCCAUAUCUGAGAGUCAGCGAAUCAAAAUUGUCGCAUGACGUGCGUGACUCAGAUUCUCAGCUGGAACACACCCAAUCAUCUCUCUUCAAUUUGUCUGCCCAUUUGCAACCAAUCGAGCGACCCAACCUGGAGCCAGGACCCGCGAUUUCCGCGGAUGACUCCGUCGACUCUGUCUCCGUUCUCCGGCUACUGCCACGAAGCCGAUGCACCGCCGCACUCUGUCCCAAGACACCAACCUUGUCUUAACUUCUUGACUUCACGGGGUCCUCGCCAUUGCCGAACGUCCGAUCCACAUGCCGAAGCAAGCCACAUGGUGGCGCUCUUCUUUUUUUUUUUUUUUUUCUGCAGGUACACCGGACUGGUCGAAAUCUGUUUUUCCUUCCAAUAAUCUUCGACUCUACUCGGUGGGAUGGAUAUAUGUAGGAUCCCUCUCUACCGGAGAUACGAGAACCAGGACGAAAAAAAAAACCUUCGCCGUGCAGCAAACAAUUCUCAUCCACUUAUCCAAGUCUGAAAGAAGUCUUCAGCUGAAAAGUUC